GUCUCCGUUAUACGAUCACGACGAGCGUGGCAUGCACCCGCACUUUCAGUACCCGUACUCGAUCUCUCACCCAUACCCUGCCUCGCCCUCCGCCGGCUCAUUCUACUACGCAAGCGCGCACGGGGCCUCCGCGAACUCCAUGGAAAACACACAUGACGUGAGCGCUGUACGGCUGGCGUACAAUCAGGUCUCAGCAUCCCACCAGUAUUACGAAGAUGCCGCCGGCCCUGGCGUCAUCCCUUACGCUGGCGAAUACAUCUCCCAGGAGCACUGGCACAAGGGCGCCGGUGGGCCCCCAGCGUACACGGGCGGCAUGCAUCCCCUGCCGGCGUUCUACGAGUCGGGCGAAGUCUCGCCGGCGUCGACCGACGACUCGAGCGGGACGUUCUACGACUCGCCGCACACGUCCGACGACGGACGCCUCGUGGACGAGCGCGGCUGCGGAGAGCCGCAGGCGCACGCGUGCCACACGCACUUCUCAGGCUACGAAGACGCCGGUGACGCUGGCUAUCCUCGAGGCCUGAUAACUGCCGAGCAGUACUCGUACCCCGCGGGCCAGGACGGCGUCCGCGGUGGGCCGUACGAUGGACACCCGCACCCAGCUGCACACAUGCACUACGACCACCCGCACGGUUUCGCCGACGGCCCCCAGACGGCGGACGAGCGCCAUUCCGCGUACGCAGCCGGCGCGCCUAUGAAGGCCCCGGUGCGUACGCAGUCGCCGAUGGCCCACCUGCCCUACCAGGAGACAUACUACUACCCAUCGUACUCCUACACUUCCGUCGAGCAGCCGCAGCCGGUGUACCCGACGGGACACUACUCGGGUGCGUUGCACCAGCCGCAGUCGGGGCCGUACACCGAGGCAACCAUCGCAAUCCCCGCGCGGCGAAGUCCGCCGCUCGUCGAGGACGCCCCAAAGAAGCCGCUCACACUUGCCUGCUUCUUCUGUCGAAAGCGCAAGAUCGCGUGCGGGAGUCCGCCGCCUGGAAAGAAGGACCGGACAUGCAACCAGUGCGCACGGCGCAACCUGCGAUGCGAAUACCCCGUCAACUCGCGCAGGGGGACACGUCAGCGGGAGUCGGAGCCAUCACUGUACGCUGCAGCUCCGGGGUACGGUCGUUGAAGUGCCCCGUCCGCGCUGUCGUGUGUCACGCUCUCCAUCGGUGCCUGCCCCCUUUCCCCCGGUCUGUCUGUCAUUGUGCUCUCGUUGUUCACGAACAGUCUUCCUGCUUUUCUGUCGACCUCAUUUCCCAUUGCCGCUCUCGCAUUGACAUGCUGUUACUGGAUCCGCUCUAUCCUAGGCCCGCUGUUAUAAUUACCGCCCAGCAGGCCCCUCUCGUCGUUAUCAGGUUAGCACGCUAGUUUGCGCAAGGUUAUUUCUCUCGUUCGUGCGGCAGAUUGGGAGGAGGACCCGGGGAUGCACAUUGUACUAUACCCAUUAUACCCGGACCAUCGUUGUCUAUUACGCUUAUGAUAGUUUAAUGGUAGCCCCGAUACGCCCAUUAC